AUGAAGCUCGUCAGGUUCUUGAUGAAGUGCCAAAAUGAGACUGUGACUAUCGAGCUCAAGAACGGUACUGUCGUCAAUGGCACAAUCGCCUCCGUCUCGCCGACGAUGAACACGGCGCUCCGUACUGUUAAAAUGACGCCCAAGAACCGCGAGACCAUGACUCUCGACACGAUAAACAUCCGCGGCUCCAACAUUCGCUACUACAUUCUCCCGGACAGUCUUCCGCUGGACACGCUCCUCAUCGACGAUGCGCCGAAGCCCAAGAACAAAGCAAGGAAGGAGCAGGCUGACCGCGGCCGUGGUCGCGGCCGCGGCGGUCGCGGCGGAAGGGGCCGUGGCCGUGGUCGCGGUGGUGGCCGUGGCUUCUAA